AUGGGGUCGUCCAUCAUUCUGCUGUUUUUACUAUGUUUCACUGCAUCACUGAGACUCAGCAAUGCUCAAACAGCAGAUCCAGGAUCAGCAGCACACACACGCCUGAAAGCACCGAACGCCACUGAAAACAGGGGGCCGAUGUGUUCAGCUCCGGUGCGAAUCAAAGAUGUCUUCAAGUACAUCAGCAGCGUGGUGUCGUGUGUGGUGUUCCUGCUCGGCAUGCUGGGAAACGUCACUCUUCUGACUAUAAUCAAAGAGCACAAGUGCAUGAGGAGCGGACCCAAUAUUGUGAUCGGCAGCUUGGCGCUGGGGGAUAUUCUGCACAUCGUCAUCGGACUGCCGGUCAAUGUUUAUAAGAUUCUGGCGGUGGAUUGGCCGUUCGGGGUGGUGUUUUGUAAACUGGUGCCGUUUAUUCAGAAAACAUCUGUUGGGAUUACAGUACUGAGCCUGUGUGCACUGAGUAUAGACAGGUAUCGAGUGGUUUCAUCCAGGGGUCGAAUCAAAGGUCCGUCUUUCCCCAAGUGGACGCUUAUUAAAUUAUGUGUAAUCUGGAUUAUUUCUGCAUUCCUAGCUGCUCCAGAGGCCGUAGCGUUUGAUCAGAUCACCAUGGAUUAUAGAGGAGAACGUCUGCGCAUCUGCCUUCUCCAUCCUGUACAGAACAAUGCAUUCAUGCAGUUUUAUAAAGUGGCCAAAGACUGGUGGCUGCUGCUGUUUUAUUUCGUGUGUCCGCUGUCCUGCACCGCCGUCUUCUACUCGCUCAUGACCUGGAGGAUCUUAAGAGUUCAGCAGUCUGCGCUCCACAAACACAGGAAACAGAGGCGUGAGGUGGCGCGCACCGUCUGCUGUCUGGUUCUGGUGUUUGCUGUUUGCUGGUUUCCUCUUCACCUCAGCAGAAUCCUCAGGAUGAUCCUCUAUGAUGAACGGGACCCUGACAGAUGCAGAUUACUGAGCACUUUUCUGGUUCUGGACUACAUCGGCCUCAACAUGGCCUCCAUCAACUCCUGCAUCAACCCAGUGGCGCUGUAUGUGGUCAGCAAACGCUUUAAAAACUACUUCAGGGAGGCUUUGUGGAGAUGCUGCGUGAGGUCAAAGGUCACGGAGAGUUUGGUGAGGUCAAAAGUCACGGAGCCGCCGACUGACCACAGCGACUCCAGCAAACAAGAGCAAAUGUCUGGUGACAAUCAGAGAAAAAGCUUUAUUAAGAGCGUUCCCUGUCUGAAAACAUGAAGUCAGACGCAGAUGCUGUAUAUUUACUGCGACUGUUCUUGCUUUUGUAAAUACUACACUUAUUUUUUA